AUGGACGAAUGUGUCAGCCGGUUGUUGUGGUCGGCCAGUCUCUAUGGUCACAUUGUGGGCCUGAGCAACUUUGAGUUCGACUGGCGAAAAGGUCGUGUCUACACGACUUCAAGGAGCACCCUCCUCGCCAUCUUGGCUAAUGUCCUUGUGGUUGUCCUCCUGGUGGUCUAUUAUACUUUCCGAACGGAUUUAACUGUUAACUUUGCUUCAGCCACCAAGCUACACGAAUACGUUUUCAUUGUGAUGACUGGACUGCGAGUACUUGCUGGAGUCCUUACUAUCAUAAACAGAUGGCGGCAACGCCGGCAAAUGAUGCAUCUUGUCAGGUGCGUGAUCCGGGUAUAUCGAGCCAAGCCGCAAGUGAAGAGAAUGGUGCGAUGGUCUAUUCUUCUGAAGAUAUUUAUAGGCGUUUCCACCAAUUCCUUGCAAUUCGCACUUGCGGCACAUUCCUCCCUUUAUGUCGGUCCUGUCCAGCUUAUGGGAAUGGUCCUGCAGUUCAUGACUACUGCACUUAUGAACUUGGCUGUAUCCCAAUACUACCUGAUUAUGUUGGUGGUUCGAGCCAACUAUCUCCUUCUGAACAAGGAACUCCGGGCAAUUAUCGACGAGUGCAAGCAUCUGAGUUAUCACUCCCGUCGCAACGGAGUCUUUAUGACCAAGUGCUGCUUCCUGGCUGAUCAACUAGACAACAUAGCUAGGAUUCAAAGCGAUUUAAAUUCCAUUGUCACCCAAAUUCAAGAGGUCUUUGGCCUACAGGGGCUUAUGGUAUACACAGGAUACUACAUAACCUCUAUAGGGGUCAACUAUUUUCUCUUCAGCAUGUACAAGUACGAAGGCACGAACAUUCGAGUGACUUACAUAACUCGAACCCUGGCAUUUAGUUGGAUGGCUUUAUACUACGUAGACGCCCUUAUUAAUCUUGCUAUCGUCCUCCAAGUCCAAGGAGAUGAAGAGAAGAUGAAUCGACUUCUGGCGGAACGAACCUUGUUCGCCCCUGGCCUGGAUGUCCGCCUGGAGGAAUCUUUUGAAAAUAUGCAGAUCCAGCUAGUGCGAAACCCAUUGAAAAUGUAUGUGAUGAAACUGUUUCCCAGCAAUCGCGGUGGCACCACGGCCAUGCUCUCGUCAUUGUUUAUGAAUUCAAUAUACCUUAUUCAGUACGAUAUGGCAAACUUUUAG